AGUAAGUGCACAAGUACUGGAUGUAGUUUGUGCAGUGGAAUGUACCACUAUUCAAUAAGUUUAUCUGGAACUUCCCUCUACCAGGCUCCUAAUGGUAUACCCCAGCAACAUCUUAUGCUGCUUUCACGUUUUGUAGGAAAUUAUCCCUAAGGUAUGAAUGCAAGCAGCAUCUGUAAGUUUACUCAUAUUACAUCAUAAAAGGAUAGUUUGCAGGUUUGCAGCACAACUAAUCAUAAAACAUAUAAAGGCUGCUCUCUCUAUAUAUUACACGUUUUAAUUAUUCUUGGUCUAUUUGGACAAGAUUUUCUAUGGAAACUUAAAAACGUAACAAUGAUCUUGCACUGUUGUUAUUGUUUACAUGGCAGUACACCAGGUUAUUAAAGAAAUACAGAAAAAAUAAACUCUUUUAAACAGGAGAACAAAAAAAAUUAGAUUCAUUUUCCAGUUCAUUGCUAAUUAUUAUGAUUAAAUGAUUUUAAAAGGGGGAUUGUUGAUAUCUGCAUAUUGUCCUGUCUCGUUUACACACAGGUUUACGCGACUAUUUUUUCAAUAUUAUGUUAAUUUCGCAGUUAUAUGAUUAUAACCCUUCCACACAGAGAGGUAUAAUCAUACAUACUAAAAGAAUUCAAGCUACGUUUUGACCUAUCUGAAGCCUAUAUGAAAAGAGUGGCUGUCUCAGGCUAAUGUAGGUUAUAAAUAGUCAAGAUAGAAAGUAGAGAAAAACAGCUUUUAGCAGGUUUCUAGCACGUUUGCGUGGUAGGAGUCAGCGUGGUUUGGAUUUGUACUCCCAGUCUUCAGUGGUGUCAGUUUUUUUUCUUUGCUCUGCUUUUGUAAUCUGAGCUGCAGCACCGUCUGUUAGAGUCUUUAGCUGCAGUUAUGGCAAACCAACACUUCUCCCCCACCUCCGUUUCAAAAUCCCAGGGUCAUUAAUCAUACAGAAAACAGCAUGACUGAAAGCUUUAUUUUAUUAAUCUGCUACAGGAAUGUUGUAUUUAUUUGGUAUCUUUACAUGACUCACACUUUCAGUCUUACAAAUAAUAUUACAUUUGCAUUUUUAGCAAAGACAGAUAGACAGAAACCCCCUUACAGGCCAGCAAGUCUCAUUUGUAGUCAGCACUGGGACCAACAAAUCGGGGCUGGGUUUCUGAUUAUAACUGAAAUUAAUACCUUUGUUUCCACUCUGGGAAAUUACUUAGUCAGAUCCAGUGCACACUAAAAUAUUGCCAUCAAUGUUAUCUUUUAUGUUAUCUUUUUGUGCAUCUCCUGGCUAAAGUGAAGUGUUAUUAUUGGUACGGAAUCAGAAUAAUUAGGACAUUAACAGAUCCCAAGUUUAGGCAAAGCUGCUUCUAUUCUAGUUGUCUAUUGUCCAAUACACGUGAAAGCACUGAAACUGAAAGACAGCUCUGUUGACACUGAUGACAAUAUACCUGCCCCACAAUGGCCUAACUACAGUACACACAAAUAUAUACACCCACAGCGCACAUAAAUGAAGUAUUAUUCAUCAGGAGGUACAGUAUGGUUGCAUAUUUGAAUGUGGGGCUCAUUGAGGAUUAUCUAUUAAACUAAAAUCAAACACUACACCACGUGCACUCACAGUUUUUGAUACCCAGUCACAUUUAUUGGGCAGAAAUAGCAAUCAGUUGUGCAAAUACCAAAACAACUAUUUGUGUAGCUGGAUUUAAGUGCUUAAAGUUGAACCUUUUAGAACAUGAUUAACGCCACCUUGUGCCGAUAGAUUUACAUUUAUUUAUGUUAGCUAAUUAUUAACAGAACCAAUAACUCAGGGGGAAAUAAAGACACUAAAACUAAAAAUCAGUGUGUUGUGUGGUCUUUGGCUCCAACAAUGAGUUUCAUGUUAAGUAAUCAAGGCUUUACUGUCCACUUUAACUGUAUCUUUAGCAGCAAUUGGCUCUUCCUUGUUUGGCUAGCUGCACUGAAACUAGAAGAUCCAGCUGUUAGCCAUAAUGUUCAGGUUUUAAAGCACUUUAUGGAUGAGAACAGAGUGGAGAUAUGGAAAAGAGCUGUUAAAUCGAGUGCUGCACACAAAAAUUAAUAUGAAUACAAUAUACAUACAUUUUUAAACCAUUGCAUAUGGGAAUAUAACUGGACUCAGAACUGUUUGUCAGGCUUUUAGGGGAUUGCCACUGUCCAUUUGAAACUGUUUUGUAAGAAUUAGCUAACAUAAGAGAAGCGACAAAAACACAAGUCAGUUAAAAAGCCCUAAAACUUGAGCAGACUUUUGCGGCAGUGCGUAGCGAACGUAACGAGCGGCGCUUGAACGCAGCACUUGUCUCCAGCUUCCUCACGCGCAGAGACACGCAGCGAGCGGACACGGUGUGGACAAAGUACCGCGGGCUGAGAGGCUGUUUUCAGCGGUAUCGCUUAACCGACAAGCCGCGAAGGACGUGAUGUCCCGGGUGUAGCGCUUUCCGUCAGACCGGAGGAUGUAACGGCUGCUCCGGAGAUGUUGGGACGGCACGAGGCGGUUUGACUCCGGCUUGAAUACAAACGGAACCGCCGAAAAGAAGAAGACGAAGAAGAAGCAGAGACGAUGGUGGGGAGAGAAGCAGUAUUAGCAGCAGCAGCUGGAGGGGGAGCGGAUUUCACAUCAAGUCGAGCUUGUGUUUUUUGAAACCAGCAUAAACUUUAAACGAGGGGUUAUGCAAGAAAAUCCUCCAGCAUGUCGGAUCCGAUUCACUGGUCUGCGGUGCCGAGCCAGAGCAAGUCCCCUUUUGUUUCGGUGUCGCUACUGAAGCGCUCGAAGAGCUGUCGCAGCAGCAACAGGAAGAGCCUCGGUGUCGGGACGCCGUCGCCUACGCUUUCCCGGCCGCUCUCUCCACUUUCACUCCAAACUGCCGCCAGCAGUCCUUUAGACAGUCCACGAAAUGUGUCGACCAGUGCCUUCCUCAACUUUCCAUUUGCCCGAAGCCACUUGGCUCGCGCGGACAGAGCCGAGGGCCGACGAUGGUCCCUGGCGUCCCUCCCUUCGUCUGGCUAUGGAACCAAUCCGCCGAGCUCCACUGUCUCGUCCUCCUCCUCGUCCCAGGAGCGUCUCCACCAGCUUCCCUACCAGCCGACACAAGACGAGCCUCACUUCAUCUUCAAGCACUUCCGCAGCACAGACAGCAUAACAGACGAGGACGGACGGCCCUCGCCGGUGGUACGACCGCGGUCUCGGAGCCUCAGCCCGGGCCGAUCAAGUGUUUCCUUCGAUAAUGAGAUAGUCAUGAUGAACCAUGUUUACAGAGAACGUUUUCCAAAGGCCACAGCCCAGAUGGAGGAGCGCUUGUUGGAGAUUGUCACACAUUACUCUCCAGACAGCUCCCUCCGGCUGGCUGACGGGGUGUUGGGCUUCAUCCAGCACCAGUUGGUGGAGCUGGUCAGAGACUGUCUGGAUAAGUCCCAGAACGGCCUGGUUACCUCUCGUUACUUUGUUGAGCUGCAGGAGAAGCUAGACAAGCUGCUACACGAGGCCUACGAGCGCUCUGAAAGUGAAGAGGUAACCGUCAUCACCCAGCUAGUCAGAAAGAUCCUCAUCAUAAUCUCUCGACCGGCUCGGCUCCUCGAAUGUCUGGAGUUUGAUCCAGAAGAGUUUUACCACCUACUCGAAGCGGCAGAAGGCCACGCCAAAGUCGGCCAGGGAAUCAAGACCGACAUCCCGCGGUACAUCAUCAGCCAGCUGGGCCUCACACGCGACCCGUUAGAAGACAUGGUACAGCUUGAACAGUAUGAUGCCAGUCCCUCGCCCUCAGCGUCAGUGUCAGUGGAAACAGAUGCUUCUGUGGAGCCACAGAAUAAGAGCCCACAGACGCUGACUCCAACUCGAAGGAAACCUCUUGAGAGUGAUUUUGAGACCAUCAAACUCAUAAGUAACGGAGCUUAUGGGGCGGUGUAUCUGGUUCGCCACAAGGAGACCCGUCAGCGCUUUGCCAUGAAAAAGAUAAACCGUCAGAACCUGGUGCUGAGGAACCAGAUCCAGCAGGCGUUUGUGGAGCGGGACAUCCUAACUUUUGCUGAGAACCCCUUUGUUGUCUCCAUGUUCUGCUCGUUUGAGACACGACGUCACCUCUGCAUGGUCAUGGAGUAUGUAGAAGGUGGAGAUUGUGCCAACCUGCUGAAAAACAUGGGCCCACUGCCUGUGGAAAUGUCCAGGAUGUAUUUUGCUGAGACGGUCCUGGCUCUGGAGUACCUUCACAACUACGGCAUCGUGCAUCGGGAUCUUAAACCUGACAAUUUGUUGAUUACAUCUAUGGGCCACAUCAAGCUGACUGACUUUGGUCUCUCUAAAAUCGGCCUGAUGAACAUGACGACCAACCUGUAUGAAGGUCACAUAGAGAAAGACACAAGAGAGUUUGUUGACAAGCAGGUGUGUGGGACUCCAGAGUACAUUGCCCCAGAGGUGAUCCUCAGACAGGGCUAUGGGAAGCCAGUGGACUGGUGGGCGAUGGGGAUCAUCCUUUAUGAAUUUCUGGUCGGCUGCGUCCCGUUUUUUGGAGACACUCCCGAAGAGCUUUUUGGACAAGUUGUCAGUGAUGAAAUCAUUUGGCCUGAAGGAGAGGAUGCCUUACCUGUUGAUGCACAGGAUUUGAUCACCCGCCUGCUGAGGCAGAACCCUUUGGACCGGCUGGGAACAGGUGGAGCCUCAGAGGUGAAGCAGCACCCCUUCUUCUUGGGGCUGGACUGGAACGGACUCCUCCGACAGAAAGCAGAGUUCAUCCCUCAGCUGGAGGCCGAGGAUGAUACCAGCUACUUUGACACUCGUUUGGAUCGCUAUCAUCAUUUGGCCUCUGACGAAGACGACGAAACUAACGACGAAGAGUCUUCCUUGGAAAUCCGACAGUUUGCUUCCUGGUCUCAUCGCUUCAGCAAGGUUUACAGCAGCACAGAACACCUGGCAACACCGUCCAACCUGAGUUUCUCCUCCGACCGCAGCCACAGCGAGGACAAAGAGGAGCACGGGGAUGCGGCAGGGCUCGGAGCCUCACCAAGCCCAGCAGAUGGCAGUGCUGAGCACAGGCAGUCUGGACGCAUGGCCAGUCUUCGCCCCCGGGCCUCCUCCAGUUCCUCCCAGUCUGACAGAAGCACCAGUCCUCUGGUAAUGAGCAGCACUCACAGCCUGGAGACGAUGCCCCGGUUUGCCCUCUCCACUGAUGAUGAAGCAGAGGUGGUGGUGUCAAAUCUUCGGCGGAUCAGGAUUCGCAGCAACAGUACCGGCGGGAAGCAGUCAUCCCCUAAGGACACGGCAGGCCCUCGGCGCUUCGGUAACCAGCUGGAGACGCCAGACAGGCAGAGGGUUCCCUGCGGAGGAAAGGUUCCCAAGUCUGCCUCUGUCUCAGCCCUGUCUCUCAUCAUCACUACAGACGAUUCACCCAGUGGCCUCCACCCCGGUCCCAUCUCCCCACGCUCACUGUCUUCCAACCCCUCAUCCCGCGACUCGUCCCCAAACCGGGAUCUGUCAUUCAGCCCCGGCAGCCUGAGGCCACCAAUCAUCAUCUACACCUCAGGGAAGAAGUUCGGCUUCACCCUGCAGGCCAUCCGUGUGUACAUGGGCGACAGCGACGUCUACACCGUGCAUCACAUGGUGUCGAGUGUGGAGGAGGGCAGCCCGGCUCACCAGGCAGGCCUCUGCACUGGAGACCUCAUCACCCACGUGAACGGAGAGUCUGUCCAAGGCCUGGUGCACACAGAGAUGAUCGAACUGCUGCUGAAGAGCGGCAACAAGGUGGCCCUUCAGACCAUAGCGCUCGAGAACACUUCUAUUAAAGUCGGUCCUGCACGAAAGACCAAACACAAAGGGAAGAUGGCUCGCCGCAGCAAGAAGAGCAAGAGGAGAGAUAAUUAUGACAGGCGACGGACCAUCUUUAAGAAGCUGUCCAAGCAGAGCACAGUGAUGCACUGCAGUCGCAGCUUCUCCUCAGGUCUUCAUCACUCUGUUUCCUCCAGUGAGAGUCUUCCAGGCUCCCCGACCCACAGCCUCUCCCCGGGGCCCUCCACACCCUGCCGGAGCCCCGCACCUGACCAUCAGGGCCACGAGAAUAACUCACCACAGAGUACGUCGCCUUGCUCCAGCUCUCCAAGCUCUCCCGCCACACACAGCCGGCCCAUCACGCUCGGCCUGGGCUCUAAACUCAGCCCGCAACGCUACAGCAAAGUGGGCCGCCGCAAAUCCACCAGCAACAUCCCCCCCUCGCCUCUGGCCUGCAGCAGCUCCUCAUCCUCUAAUCAGCCGCUUUCCCCACAGCGCUCGCCCUCUCCUCUGCCAGGCUUCGCCAAAAACCUUCACACGUACCACGGAAAAACCCUGUCUCCCCCCACCAUCGUUAGGCAUGUCGUCCGGCCACGCAGUGCAGAGCCGCCUCGUUCACCGUUGCUUAAGAGGGUGCAGUCAGCGGAGAAACUGUCUGGAGUAUAUCACGCUGACAAGAAGUCAAAAGCCCCCCGCAGGCACACGCUGGAAGUGCCGUUUUACGGUGAGGCUGACCUGCUGGGCGACUCAGAGAUGGACGCAGCCUGUGGCAUCGCUUACAUUGGGGUUGACCACAGCAGACUUGGGCCGUACAUUAGCAGCCAAAGGAUUGAACGAUCAGAGCAGCUGGUUGUGAUGCGGAAGCUGAACCUGUCAGAGCGGAGAGACUCCUUUAAGAAGCAGGAGGCAGUGCAGGAAGUGAGCUUCGACGAGCCAGAGGAGAAAAGCAGCAGUAAUGCGGCGGGGAGCAGCACACCUCCAGGGGCUCAAACGCAGCACAGAGCGGCCUGGACUGUGACACGACCCCAAAGCAGUCAGGACAUCGAGAUGGACGUCCCCGUGGUGAGGAGGUUCACGCUUGUGCCGCAGAUAGCUGUGCAGGGCUCUACGGAGAGCGAGGAGCAAGACGAGUGGGAGCCGUGUUCAGAUGGAGAGGACUCUGGUGAGAAGCCCGAGGUGGAGGUGGACGUCACAGCAUCUCCGCGGGAACAAACAGGAUGUCUUCUCACCAACAUGAGCUGCAGGCAGGGAGCAGAAACCACUUCCACGGGUCCUAAAAUUGCACCAGAGAAGACACCAGAGUGCAGAGAGCAAACACAAAAAGGGCACCUGAGAAAGUGACAGCUCGCCGUUGUACUCCUAAAACCUGCUCUUGUCUUUCAAGGGUGACGAAGAUGUUAAGUCAUUCUCAAAGUUGUCGGGCUGAAAGAGCGGGAGAAACUUUUACUUGAAUUUUGUUUUGUAAAAAAAACUGUUGCCUUCAGGCAUCGCUGACCUUUCUGGUCUUAUUUAUUACAUUUCAUGAUGCGUUUGUAACAGGGGAAAAGAAAGAAGUUCUCAUGGGUUGACCAGCCAAGGCUCAACAUUUUUGUAUCCAUAAAAUGUGGUUUUAUGUCUUCUGAAUGGAUUGUUUUCUAAAAAAACAAAAACAAAAGUUGUCUAUUUUUUAAAUAAAUUCUGGUACAGAGUAGAAGUGUUAAUGCUGCGUAAAACUGUUGGACCAAAAGGUACGAGGAGUCAAGGUCGCUUUUUUUUUUUUUCAUCAGUGUCUGUGUGUGUUUGUAGUACUGCUGUAGGUCUUCCUGAACCUAAAAUGAUCUCUGGUUCACACUGUGAGCAACAUGACUGACACGUCAUUGGAUCUAUCUCUGCAGCUGAUGGCUACAGUACUGCAUGGAUUUGUAUUGAUGCAUCCUGUAGAAGGAGUAAAACUGAAGCUACUACACUCAAACUAGAAUGCAGGGGAGAAAAACAACUGUUAAUAAAACGGUCGUAUCAAAGAAGAGGCUCUGAAGAUGUUUGGUCCAUGUUUCCUUGAUGGCUUUAUCCCUUCAUGUACUUUAAUCUUGCACAGCUUGUUGUGUUGGUCAUGUUCCUCACAGUGUGAAUUCAUGGGAACGGCAUUGUUUUUUUUAUUCUUGCUGAGAAUAAUGUUGCAAACGCGGUGAGACACUACCCACCUUUGUCUUCUCUUAUGAAGAUACGGAACCGAAGGGUUUUUAUGUGCCAUGGCAUCUUGUGCAAUGUCCUCUAAGCCAUAUCAUUGAAGGCAGAAAUGUUACUUGUAAUUUUCAGUCACUAGGAAGAUUUGUUUGGGGUUUUUGUUUGUUCGUUUCCACUGCUAUUGUGGAAAAAGACGCCGAGCCUGAAGCUCCGGAUGAUCCACGUCCACCUUUCUGUGUGCUGUGAGUUUAUCAGUCGAACUCUUUGAUCGGGCGUGUUCAUCUCACAGCACGCCGUUUUACUUCAGAACAUGGAAGGGAGCGUUUAAAACACUCAUUUUAUUUGACUUUCGUUUUUUGGGCAGGUUUCCUUACUUACUCUGACACGUGUUGGACUUUUGCAAACACAAGUACGUACAAGUGCGUUAUGGGGUUGUUGUUGUUUUUUCACCUUUUCCAGAAGCUGUAGCGUUUUUCCAUUUUAAUCAUUAUUUUUUCCCACAUGUGCAUGUGAAAGAGACCAUCCGUAAACGCCCUGGUCCUACUUCAUGUGCUGUGCAGUGCUGUUUACAUCCAAAGGGGAAAAGUGCACUAAGGACAUUUAGACAUAAGUUUUUUGUAACCGAAUGUGAAAGGUAAACUGAGAUAAACAUAUUUACAGUGAAAUCAGGGCUUCUUUGAACAAGUGUUUUUGGUUUUUUGUCUUUGUAUUGUGCAAAUUUUGAUGUAUAUUUUGGUAACAAGAGUGUGUGUAUAAUUCCAAGUGUACUGAAGGACAUAAUAUGCACGAAGACAAUUUCUGGCAAGAGGGAGUUUUUGGGAAUUCUGUCUUUUAAAUUCAGGCAGUAUUUGACAGCUGCACAGACUGGCUGCACAUCACAUUUUCUCCACAACAGACAUGACGUUUGGAGAGUUGUCGUCCUCUUUGUAAGUGGCUGUUCCUGGCUUUUGUACUAACUUUACUCUGAGUCUUCUCUUUCUAAACAGCUGUUGUGUUACUUCAACCCCUCUUCUUCCUUAAAAACCAUAGAAGGGAAAAAAAACAACCUUAAAUCUUGUGAUGAAAACUUGGGAUGAUGUUGUUGUGUUAGUGACGCAAACAGACGGACCACUCAGUUAUUUUUGCAGUCUGACAGAAUUGUUUACAAUGAACAAACAUGCUGUGUACUGUACAAACAUUUUAUAUUCUGUGGCUGUACACGAUGAAACUAUCCUCUUUGAUACUCGCAAAGGAAACGACAUUCAUAGAAGCUGCAUAUCCGUUUGUUUUUUUAUGUUUAGUUUUAAAGACACUGUUCUUAAUGAGUAGUUUGGCACCAAGCUCAGAAGCAUUUUCGAUAUUUGCAUGUACCUGCAGAACGAGAUCAUUGGGACUUGUUGUUCAGACUUCAAAAAGAAGCUUUAAAUAUUAAUUAAUUGGAGGUGGGGGGAAAAAGGGAUAGAUGGAAACAUGCAUAUUUGUUCUUAUGUGCAUGAGAAAAAUGCUUUACACCAAAAGUAAAAGUGUUAAAGAUGAGUAAUAAAAUAUAUAUUUACAUUAGAGGUUUCUUUUUGCAUACAGGAAAAGCCAAUUUAAAUAUGUAAACAUGAUAAGGGAUAAUGUUUUGGUUGCUUUUUAAUAACCUUGUAUGUGUUAAAAAAAUGCUUUGCUGAAGUCCACCACAGGGAUUUUUCAGCCUCUGUUGAGCGUACUCUUAAAGAACAAGUUUGGCAGGUCAAAGUGUCGUACAAGUGCAUUUGUUCUCCUGUGGACUCUUCUGUCCAGUGCAUGCUGCAUGAGACAAGCACACAGCUGUAAUACUUGACUGCAUGGUAUACCGGCGAUGUCGCCCUCUACUGUGUUUUCUUGUGCAACAAAUAAACUUUGUAUUUCCCUUUGA